UAAUAACCUAAAUGAAUAGCUAUAUUUUGAAAAUAUGAAUAUAUAUCUAAAAUGUUGAUUAUACUAAGAUUUAAAAUAAGUAAAUAUUUAGAAUUUUUUUUGCUGUUAUAAAAAUAGUUAUGUUACCAAAAUUAACCAAAUAUUAUUUAUAAAUUGAACUAACUAUAACUUUUAAAUAUUUUCCUAUAUUUCGUAUCUGAAGUAAUUAAAAUUAUUUGAAUUACGUAAAAUUGCUUGAAAGAACGAAAAGAAUCGUAAUCAAACUGAACCGGGUUCAGAAUUAUAUUAAUCUAGUUUCCAAUAUCACCACUAUUCCAACCAAACCAAAAAAAUCAAAAGAACCUAACCGAAAUCAACUCAAAUUUACAAAAUACAAAAAAUAAAAAAACUGAAAAAGUAGAACCAAAGCCGAAUGUUCGAACAUCCAAGUGAAUUGGGUUUGGUCUCCAAAUUAUUCGAAAGCAUUUAGGUCAGAAGAACUGCCUUCCUUUUUUAAUUACCACUUUCAUUCGCGCUUCCCAAAGUUUGAGGGUUUUGGUCUCAAAGGAAGGAAGGAAGAAGAAGAGAGAAUUCAAUUAACGAUGAAUAUGGACGGGCCUCUUGAUUUCGAGAACGAAGAUCUUUUGGUUAACCCUCCUCCGUCUGCUGACAAAAGGAAGAAAGUGAUUGAGUUGGAUGAUCUUGUCUCUGAACAUUACAAAGAGCAGAGCAAACUCAUAGACAAAGGAAACAGGAAACGCAAAGCCUCCUCUAAGCUUUACGAUUCUGAUGAUGAUGAUGAACGUGGCCAGGAAGCUUUGCUCUCCAUUGUCGAUGACUGUCGCAAUCAGAUGAAUGAGAUAUGCAGCGAAGAAGAUACGCAAGAGUGGGGUUUAUCUAUGUUUGAAGAUCAGAAAGCUCCAACGCGUUCACUGCUUCCUGAUAUCGAUAAUUGCUACUUGUUGAAAGAGUUUAUGAGUAGUCAGCUAAACUCGGUGGUGGAUCUUAAUCCAGAUAAUGCAUUUCUUGAAGGGUUGCUGGCUAACGGCUGGCUCACAAAACUGAUCUUGACGUGUGCACGUGUGGAAACAAUCAUAUGCCAAUGGACACUUGAUAUAUUGUUGUAUUCACCAAAAGAAGACCUGAGCUCUUCUGCUUGUGACUUCUGGUGUUCAAUACUGUUAUCACAAAACAAGGUUAAUGGAGCUCCUUUUGAAAUUCAAUGGCUUCCUAACUAUCAGAUACUUAAGGAAGCUCUUGAAUCAUAUGGGUUCAGAAUCAAUUCAUCACAAGAUGCUGAGAUACCUGAAGCAGAUUCCAAGUCUCAAGGUCCUCCUCAGAAUAUUAGAGCUUGGCUCAAACUUGUCUCUGCUUGUUGUCAGAUUAGAUGUAAAAAGCCUAUCUUCACCGCAUCUCAGCUUGAACAACUAGCCGAAGUCCUUGUUUGGCUGCUCUUAGAUCGUGGUCUUCAAGGUCUCUCGCUUCUCCUACAAGAGUGCUUGAUAUCUGUUACUGAAUCCUUCAGAGAGGAAGAAUGGGUUUCAAGCUGCAAGAACAUAGCAAACUCUCUUGCUUCCAGAGUGCCUCAAGACAUGAACUGCUUGAGGAUAGUGGAGUCCGUAGCAGGUGUUGAUGCUCGAAGCAAGCAUUUGAGAAGUUCCAUCGCUAAUCAAAUGCUUGUUGUUUUACUUGAACAUAAGGAGAGCGACGAGAAUCUGAUGAGCUCGCUGAUGGCUAUCAAUCUGAAGGAGAAGAGUUGCAACCUCUUCAGAACGUACAUGAUGUUGGUUUUGGCAGAGAACUGGCUAUUGUCAAGUAAGCUGGUUGAGGAAAAGCCAGUACUGAGAGACAUGUGGGAUGUGUUUCUCAGAAACUGUUUUUGUCAGAUCAAUAGCACCGAUCUUCGGCCUUUUGCAUCAAAAGUUCGUACCAAAGCUUCAUAUCUUCGUCAAGGAUGCAGAAGCGAUUGAAUUGGUAAACCUGAAACGUUAGCAGCAAGUCUCCAAAGUGAAAUUUGAAGUGGUAAACCUGAAACGUUAGUAGCAAGUCUCCAAUGUGAAAUUUAGUUAGUUUUAGGUUUUGGUUUUGGUUUUUAGCCUAAGUUUAACUCUUAACCACUGAGAAAAACUAAAUUUUCGAACCCCUCUAUUAAGCUUUCUUUUAGCCCAUGUCUUGGGUGUAAAAGAAAAAUUCAUCCUUGUGUCAUUGAUAGAUUUGGUAUAUGUUACCAAAUCUAAUACAACUCAUUGAGUGGUACUGCUGUUGUAAGUUAUGUUAACUAAUGAAUUUUUUAGUGCUGAUUCAGGCUU